UAUAUAUAUUUGGCCACGCAAACCCUAACCGUCAACACAAUUUUGCCCAGCGGCCGUCUCCAGGAGAGAGGUUUUUCGGGGUCGCACACAAUUUCGCCGAAUGGGUCGAGUCAUCCGAGCUCAACGUAAGGGUGCUGGUUCUGUCUUCAAGGCCCACACCCACCACCGCAAGGGUCCGGCGCGUUUCCGCAGCCUCGACUUCGGUGAACGAAAUGGUUACCUUAAAGGUGUCGUCACCGAUGUCAUCCAUGAUCCGGGCCGUGGCGCUCCGUUAGCCCGUGUCGUCUUCCGUCACCCUUUCCGUUACAAGAAGCAGAAGGAACUGUUCGUCGCCGCCGAGGGUAUGUACACCGGACAGUUCGUGUACUGUGGUAAGAAGGCUACUCUUAUGGUCGGAAAUGUAUUGCCUCUUAGAUCUAUCCCUGAAGGAGCUGUCGUUUGUAACGUCGAGCAUCAUGUCGGUGAUCGUGGGGUUUUCGCUCGGGCUUCGGGUGAUUAUGCUAUUGUUAUUAGUCACAAUCCUGAUAAUGACACCACCAGGAUCAAGCUUCCAUCUGGUGCCAAGAAGAUUGUUCCAAGUGGCUGUCGUGCCAUGAUUGGCCAGGUUGCUGGAGGUGGUAGGACUGAGAAGCCUCUUCUUAAGGCUGGUAAUGCUUACCACAAGUUUAAGGUGAAGAGGAACUGCUGGCCUAAGGUCCGUGGUGUGGCUAUGAACCCAGUCGAGCAUCCCCACGGAGGUGGUAACCAUCAACACAUUGGUCAUGCUAGUACUGUUAGGCGUGAUGCUCCUCCUGGGCAAAAGGUUGGUCUUAUUGCUGCAAGGAGGACUGGUAGGCUCAGAGGACAAGCAGCAGCUACUGCUGCUAAGGCUGAUAAGGCUUAAGCAUAGGAUAUGACUUGUUGUUUUAGUUCUUUUGGCCUUUAUAUUUACAUUCAAGAGUAUUAAGCACAUUUAUGCUAGAAAUUUUGUUUGAAUUUUUAGAUUAUGUCUCUGUUUGGAGUUCUUGAGGGAUGUUUAUGUAUUCAAAUUGGAUUUCACUCAAAUGUUUGUGAUCUUGUUCUAUCUGUAGCUUUACACGCCGAUUUCCAUAAUAGUCGGAUUGGAACUUAGCUGGGUGGCUAGGGUGUUGGGGAAUCUGUCCUGUAACUCUCCACGAAGUAAGGCAGACAUGGCUGGCAAUGACAUAUUAGGAGAGUAGAGAAUGUUUCUCAUUAGCCAAUUAUCUGUUUCUGUGGUUGAUUUGUUAUUUGCGUGGUAGCUGAUCUUGACUGGCCAUUACCCAAAGCAUAACCUGAUAAAUCUGCUACAUCAAAGAACUCAAGGUUAAAGAAUAAACAAAAGUAUACAUUAAAUC